AUGGCGAUCAAAAGCGAGAAGCUAGACGGGGGAGAAUCUAGCCGAAAGCUUCCAGUGAGAAGAAAAGAUAAUGAGGUCAGUAAUGUGAAGAAAUAUGAUUCUAAUAACAUUACAGUAUCUCGACCAUCGGCCACUACGUCGUCAGCAUUAAAUCCUGUCCCUGAGCAGUCGAAUGUGGCUCAGAACCCAUUGCCGAACCAUGCAGGGACAGGGGUUAAUGUUGUUAUUGAAGAAAGAGUGAACAAAGUCAUAACCAAAGUCAAUGAAGUGAAAUCACCCAUGCAUUGGGUAUGGGGGCAAAUGGUCAAAAUAGGUUGGUUGACCUUUAAUGUUAACGGGAAUAAGCAUGCUUGCCCCUACCACCGUUGUGAGGAUCAUGUCAUUCAAAAUUGUGAUGAGUUUAAGGCUUUGGUUCAAAGGCUGAUGGAUAAUAAAGACAUGGAAUUUUACCAUGAAGCUAUGGAGGAGGAAGAGGUAGAGAUUUGUGCUUCCGAGGGUACAUCCAAAGCAGUCUACAAUUCCAACUGCCCUCUGGUUAUUAUGCCGAAAGCCCGUACAUUAGAGAAUAUAACCCCAAAAGUGAUGAUCAUACCCCCGUCGUCCUUUCCCUAUAAAGAUAGCAAACAGGUGGAUGAGGUAGGCCACUUCACCAGAAGUGGGAGGUGUUAUUCUCCUAAUCCGACCAAUGAACCCGAAAAAAUAGCAACCCCGGAUAAAGGAAAAAAGGUCGAGAUACAGCUGAAAGAUGAUGAGCCAACAAUUAAUGAGCCUGUAACUGAGAACGAAGCUGUGGAGUUUUUAAAAUUUUUGAAGCAUAGCGAGUACAGCAUUGUCGAGCAACUACACAAGUUGCCAGCUCGCAUCUCAAUCCUGGCUCUACUAUUAAGCUCUGAGGCACAUCGAAAUGCCUUGAUGAAAGUCUUGAAUCAGACCUUUGUGCCAAAAGAUGUGCCAGUAGAAAAAAUAGACCGGUUGGUUGCAAAUAUUCAAGCAGACAAUUUCAUCUCUUUCUCUGAUGAUGAAAUCCCGUCCGGAAUGAUGGGCAAUCCUAAAGCCCUGCACAUUACCAUCAGGUGCAAGGGACAUGUGUUAUCGCGAGUACUAAUCGACAAUGGCUCUGCCCUGAAUGUGAUGCCAUUAGUGACAUUGAAAAAACUACCAGUUGAUAGUACAUACAUAAGAAAUUACCAAAGCAUCGUUCGAGCUUUUGACGGAACAAAGAACGAGGUGCUGGGGAAGAUUGAUAUUCCUUUAACCAUUGGCCCAUCAACCUAUGAGGUCGAAUUCCUUGAAGAUAUCAUUGCUUCCAUAUCUACUACCGCUCCAUAUGUCGAAAUAGAUGAAGAUGCGGUCGAGUGCUCUUUCAGAGCCUUGGAAUUCAUUAAUGCCACCUUUGUUGCCGAAAGAAAGAAAAUUCCGAAGCCUAGGCUAUCCAAUUGUACCAAAAUGGAACUAAAAAUGACUAUGGGAAGAGGAGCCAAGGUUGGAAGAGGGCUGGGAAGCCGCCUACAAGGAAAUAUUAGUCCAGUUUUUCCUGGUAUUAAGCGAGACCGUUUUGGUCUGGGAUAUCACCCGACCUUAAAGGAAAAGUUGAAAAAUAAUCAAAAGAGCCAGGAAAUGAGGAAAGCCAGGUUAGCCGGGGAAGAUAUUAAGUGGGAACCCAUGAAUUUCCCAUUGUUGCGUGACACCUUCAUAUCUGGGGGGUCAUAUGUUUCAGGGGAGUCGAUCAUCAAAAGAGUCUGUUAUUGA